AGAACAUAGCUUAUAAGAAGGUGCAGGCUAAUUUUUUCCAAAGAUGAAGAAAACAUUAAGAACGUUUUCAACCUUUUAAGCUUCGAAUGUUUUUAUUCGUGUUCUUCUGAGAUUAGGAAUAAUAUGGUCAGAUUCACUAGUGGCGAUGAAGAUUUUUAGCAAAAUAGCAAUCUCAGCGUUCUUAUAAUGAAGGUUCUUAAUAAAACGUGUAGAUAUUCUUUUAGCAGAGUAAAAAAAAUUAUGAUAUUUUUCUACAACCCCUGCCAAAAUAUUUUAGUUGGUAAAGCUUAAAACUGGGUUAUACAAACUCACCCCUCCAAUUUGCAUUAGUUAACUUCUAUUUCGCCCUCUAAAAAUUCUAAAUAAAGGAAGUUGGGGAGGUCUGUGAUCACAUUGUAUUAAAUGGCAAACGGUUUCGAUAAGAGCUAUCUAAGCGGGAAAGAGGUUGUCUAGACUCACACAAGAUUGUCCUCACACUUUUCUUUGGGAGGGGGGAGGUUGGAGCGAGAAAAGUCUGCAAGGUAAGCUCGUAGUGGUAGUUUGCGGCCUUUAUUUGUCUGGCUGCCCAAGUAAAGACAGAGAGUCCAGGAGACGAGGUUGGUGUAGCGUUCAAAAGUAGUGUUCAUUCAUUCUUGGAAAGCAGUUUUUAAUUUUUUUUAUUGUUUACAUUUGAUGAUGUACGUAAAAAAAUUAGAAUUUCAAACAUUUGCCAAACUGUGUAAUUCAUCUGCCCACGUAUUUGUGUUCACACACACCACGAGAAAUUGAAGAGUGCUUUAGUUUAUUUUCAAAUAGUCGGUAAAUGAAAUUAGACGGUUUGUAUUUGUAGAUGUUGCGUUUCAUGACAGAUACGACAAAAGAUUACGAAUGCAUCAAAAACAUGAUCACGAAAACAGAUGAAAAGGUUGAUAAAGUUGGUUUUGAAGAUUUAUUUAGAAAUCAUAACACGGAAGUUAAAACCAAAAUAAACGUUGAAGAAAAUCAUAAAUCGUGCGUUUCUUCGCAACACGAUCUUUCGUAUUAUUCUCCGUCUGAAGUUCGGAGAGCGCGAGCAAAAACUGUUCCUUUACUACCAGACAUACAUGAAGAUACGAUAUUGUACUCGUCAAAAUGGACACUCCCCUCGUUAACGAAAAAACAACGUCGACAAUUACGAGAAAGCAAAUCACACAGGACCACUAAGCAACAACACAUAUUAAAAAACGCAGAUAUAUUUGUACCUUGUGACUUUCAUUCGCCCCGAACAAGUCGAAAAUUAAAAAUGAAACUGGAUUUAGAAACGUUACAAGAAACGGACCAAACUGACGCAGAACAAGAGGGGACAUCUUGCACUCCUUCGCAUGGCGGUUUUAUGUAUAGACCAAGGGCGUGGUCAGAGUAGAUGGAGAGUUCCUAGAGUAGAUGGAGUUCCCAGAGCUCUUUGAGAGAAACCUCUCCAGGUUUACCUCAAAAAGCUAAUGGUGACGAAAAUGGAGCAGAAUUUUCAAAUUGGAGCAAGAACGAAGAAUUACAAAAAGUGCUGGCUUAAUCACGUUCCUGGAAUCCCUUUUCUUCUCGCCGCCCGAGAUAUUACCUUGAGGAUACGCUUGACCCCUGCGUCUGAAGUUGGUGUAAUUGAAACAAAACAUUUCAACUUCUUAAAAAAUUUGUUAUUGUUACAUCAAACACUGUCUGAAGCUUUUGUUUUAAAAAAGAAAUAUUGUAUUUUUAUUGUAAAUACUGCGAAUGAGCGUAUUUAGUA